AGCGGGAAGCGGGGAGGAGGAAAAAGAGAGUGGAGAAAGGAAGGGAAGAAGGAGUGCAGCCAGAAAGACUGACCCUGGGACAUUUGCAAAUCCUAGAGUGCAAAUUAGAGCUGGGGAGUAAAAGAAAGCGACAGAAAAGCAGAGCUAUUCCCAGGAGCAACAACAGCAGCUGUCAGGAUCUGGAUAUAUACAUACAUGCGUAUGCACAUGCACACACAGAAUUCAAGCUGAAGCUAAUGGGAGGGAGGAAGGGUUUCAGCUGCGCAAAGGGCUACGCAUUUCAAGGAUGCAACUAAAAACUGAGAGAAGCGGCGGCGCUCCUGGGAAUGUGUCAUCUUGGAAGGGAGGCAGGAAGGAAGGAAGAAGAGGAUGAAGACAACUGGCAUGUGGAAGAAGAUGGGAGACUAACUCCUUGCUGUACGGAAGGGAAAUCCAACUUGUGGAUCUGGAAUACGCUAGGCAGAGCCUGGAAACAAGACCAGAUUGGCAUUGACAUAGAGAAAGGAAGGAAAAGGGAGUCAGAGACUGGAGAGCUUUUAUUUUUCUUUGUCUCUUAUUUUCCCUUUCUCUCCUUAAGGAAGAAAUUUGUACCAUCCCUGUGCUGCUGGAUCUGUAUAGCUGGUGAACAAAAGAUGGAGAGGAAGCUGAAAUGAAAAGCAAAGGUGCUUAUGAAAUUUACAAGAGGACAAAUCAUGCCUCCCCGGGCUUCCUUUGUGCCCCUUCGGGGAGUUUUAAUGUAUGAAAGAUUUUGAGAUGUGUCGGGGGCAAAGGGGAGAGUAGGUAUUAAAAACACCAGUCCCAAGCACUUAAAAAAUAACAAGGGGAUGGAUUUAUUCUUGACAGCUGGUGAGAACCCUGAAUUUUUUUCUUCUCCCUCCCUCCUUCAUUCCUUUAACGUAAGAUUAUGAAAAUGCAGAGGAUCUGCAGAGAAGGCAAAAGGAUAUAACAUGGAGUUUAAAGCGAGGAGAGGAUGCUGAUGCUGUGGAUUGCUGGCUUUUUUGUUGAAAUAAAAAGUCCAAUUGCGCACUGGGUUGUGAUUGGAAAUCUAAUCACGUAUUUGAAGAAGAGGGAGAGAGACUUAACGUUUAUUGUUUUUAUGACCACAAGUAUAAAUGCAAAAGGGGAUUCUUUUCUGAAGGAGGGGGGAGGGGCGGGUAGUGGAAAAGAUUAAUGGGAAUCCCUGGUCUAAUGUGUAGAUACACGGAUUGGAUAAUUGAUAGUGCAGCAAAAAAGGGGGAAGAAGAAAAUUGUCUGCAAGACCUGGAUCUUAACAAUCACAACAAAAUUACAUUAAAAGAAUACAGAUGGAGGGUUGCUUAAAAAGAAGUACAGCCCUUUCUGCUCUUCAGAGAAAAACAAAUAGUGAACAAUGGAGAGCAGUGAAGCCAGAGAGGCAGAAAGCCUCAGAAAAAGAAAGCUAGGCAAAGGAUCCACAGUGGAAUGAAAAGUUUCAUGAAGGAGAAGGGCCAUUCAUCUUCUGCAAGGAUUUUUUUUUGUUUUUUCUGUUGGUUUAAGCCACUAUUCUUCAAUGAAGGCAAACAUCAAUGUUACCACUUCAAUAGUUUUAAGCAGAAAAGUUGAAAGCCUCAUAGAAAAUAAAGGACAAAGAAGAAAGCAAAAUUGCUGGAGAGGGAGAGUUCAGCAGUGCUGGGUUGGAUUAACACUUGUAUGGACUGAAAUUGCUGGGAUAUCACAAAUGGAUGUACUUUAUUUUUAUUUCCUUUCCUGUUUUUAAUUUUUGUUUGGUUGCUGAAAUGAAAUACUUUUCUAACCCUUCCCACACCGUAAUUUUUUGUAACCACUUGGAUUUCCAGCUGGAUAGUCUUUGAGGGUACAGGUGAAUGCUGUUGGGGGGUCCAGGCAGCUGUGUUGAACAGUCUCCAAUGGGCUAGUAGGAUGAAAAGGUCCAGAGCUAGUUUGGCAAAUGAGGAGAAGCAUCAUGUCCCAAGACAGUAAACCUACUGAAAAGAAUCUACUCCACUUUUGUAUGUGACAAGAAUCUAGCUUCACAAUGUUAGAGCAGAAGACUGAUGCCAGUGACUUAAGGUCAUAAUUGUGCUUCUGAUUUAUUGCAUGGCAUGAAACAAAUGAUCUUGCAUCUGUUUUCACUUUUAAGGCUAUUCAAACUCCAGAAGGACCAACACCAAAUAAAUUAUGAAUGUUGAACAAGAUGACCUUACAUCCACAGCAGAUAAUGAUAGGUCCUAGGUUUAACAGGGCCCUAUUUGACCCGCUGCUUGUGGUGCUGUUGGCUCUUCAGCUUCUUGUGGUGGCUGGUCUAGUGAGGGCUCAAACUUGCCCUUCUGUCUGCUCCUGCAGCAACCAGUUCAGUAAAGUGAUUUGUGUACGGAAAAAUCUGAGAGACGUGCCAGACGGCAUUUCCACCAACACACGAUUACUCAAUCUCCAUGAGAACCAGAUCCAAAUCAUUAAAGUUAAUAGCUUCAAGCAUCUGAGGCACCUAGAAAUCCUGCAACUCAGCAGGAAUCACAUCAGAACAAUUGAAAUAGGGGCUUUCAAUGGUCUAGCCAAUCUCAACACUUUGGAACUCUUUGACAAUCGUCUGACCACUAUUCCAAAUGGGGCUUUUGUAUACCUGUCAAAACUGAAGGAGCUGUGGCUGAGAAACAACCCCAUUGAAAGCAUCCCUUCUUAUGCUUUUAACAGAAUCCCUUCUCUCCGAAGGCUGGAUUUGGGGGAAUUGAAAAGGCUUUCAUACAUCUCAGAAGGUGCCUUUGAAGGUCUGUCCAACUUGAGGUAUUUGAACCUUGCCAUGUGUAAUCUUCGAGAGAUUCCUAAUCUCACUCCACUUGUAAAACUGGAUGAGUUAGAUCUUUCUGGGAAUCACCUGACUGCCAUCCGGCCAGGUUCUUUCCAAGGGUUAAUGCACCUUCAGAAAUUGUGGAUGAUACAGUCCCAGAUUCAAGCAAUAGAAAGGAAUGCUUUUGAUAACCUUCAAUCACUUGUAGAGAUCAAUCUGGCACACAACAAUCUAACACUACUGCCUCAUGACCUGUUUACACCACUCCGCCUAGAAAGGAUCCACUUGCAUCACAAUCCUUGGAACUGCAACUGUGAUAUCCUUUGGCUCAGCUGGUGGAUUAAAGACAAGGCACCCUCCAAUACUGCAUGUUGUGCCCGUUGCCACACACCUCCCAGUUUAAAAGGAAGGUACAUUGGUGAGCUGGACCUGAAUUACUUCACAUGUUAUGCUCCAGUCAUAGUGGAGCCACCAGCAGACCUCAAUGUUACAGAAGGCAUGGCUGCAGAGAUGAAAUGCCGGGCAUCAACCUCCCUGACCUCUGUAUCUUGGAUUACUCCAAAUGGAUCAGUUAUGACGCAUGGGGCAUACAGAGUUCGGAUUGCUGUGCUCAGUGAUGGCACGUUAAAUUUUACAAAGGUAACUGUCCAAGACACAGGUUUAUAUACAUGCAUGGUGAGUAACUCUGUUGGGAAUACCACAGCUUCUGCCACACUGAAUGUGACUGCCCUAGAUAAUCCUGGUUACACAUACUUUUCAACUGUCACAGUAGAGACUGUGGAACCUUCUCAGGAUGAGGCACAGACCACAGAGCAGGAUGGUCCUACACCAGUUACCAACUGGGAGACAACUAACAUGACAACCUCACUCACUCCACAGAGCACAAGAUCAACAGAAAAAAUGUUCACCAUUCCAGUGACAGACACAAACAAUGGGAUGCCAGGAAUAGAUGAGGUUAUGAAGACUACAAAAAUAAUAAUUGGUUGUUUUGUGGCUAUCACUCUCAUGGCUGCUGUGAUGCUGGUAAUUUUCUACAAAAUGAGGAAACAACAUCACCGACAGAACCAUCACGCUCCAACACGGACUGUAGAGAUCAUUAAUGUGGAUGAUGAGCUUACAGGUGACACACCAAUAGAGAGUCACUUGCCCAUGCCAGCAAUAGAGCAUGAGCAUCUAAAUCACUAUAACUCUUAUAAGUCUCCUUUCAAUCACACAACAACAGUUAACACAAUAAAUUCAAUACACAGUUCAGUGCAUGAACCGUUAUUGAUCCGAAUGAACUCAAAAGACAAUGUACAAGAGACUCAGAUAUAAAACAUUUAUGACAUUGUGGGGUUGGGGUGGGGACAACAAAAGAUGGUUUAUAAAACAAAUGACAUAAACUACUGGGCUAAAUCCGCUGUUUCAAGAAAGUGUCUUUAAAAAGAAAAAGAAAUUUAUUUAUUAAAAAUUCUAUUGUGAUCUAAAGCAGACAAAAUUAUGUGUAUUCCUCAGAACCUGUUUUUGCUGCACUUAUUUACCCUCCUCUCUACCUUUUUCUUCCCAAUCUACUCUGAUUCCCAUUUCCCAUAUUUUUCAUAGGAGAUCUUAAUUUCCUAAAAUAACUGGUCUAGGAAAUUUUGUAAGAAUUCUGUUACACUUUGGGAAUUUAUAUGGUGAAUUCUAGUGGUCAGAUUCAGUCUAUUUUGUCACUUUCUCUCUCUUUUUUUCUUUUGUUUCCUCAUGCCCUUUUUGAAAUUAAUUAAAUAACUGCAACUUUACAAAUGCAAAAAACAAACAGGCAAAACUCUUUUUUGUUAUGUAAUGGUUUGCUCUGUAUUUACUGAAAGCACCAUUCUGUGAAAAAAAUGGAAGAAAACAAACACGAAACAAACAAAAAAAGCCAAAACAAAACAAAAACUUAAUUUACUUGUGAAAGCAUAUAAAACCCAUGAUAUUUUAAACAAUUCUAGAACCAGAAUUUGUAGUUCAAAGACUAA